ACUCACCGCAACCGCUGCCCGGCUCAAGCUCACCGACCCACCAUCCCGACAUACAACCGACACGACCCGGCCCAAGGACGAGGCAAAGACCGACGAGGAAUAUUUGUAGUUCAAGCUCACUCGAAUUCAAGUCAAGAUGCGUGUGUCGGUUCUGAACGAUUGCCUAAACAACAUCCUCAACGCUGAAAGGCGAGGAAAGCGCCAGGUCCUUAUCCGACCCAGCUCAAAAGUUAUCAUCCGCUUCUUGACUGUCAUGCAAAAACAUGGCUACAUUGAUGAAUUCGAAUACAUCGAUGACCACCGAUCUGGAAAGAUCGUCGUCCAACUGAAUGGUCGUAUCAACAAGUGCGGUGUCGUUUCCCCCCGAUUCAACGUCCCUCUCGACCAAAUCGAAAACUGGGUCGACCGACUCAUGCCUGCCCGUUCCUUCGGAAUCAUCAUCCUGACGACCUCGGCCGGUAUCAUGGACCACGAAGAGGCCCGUCGGAAGCACGUCGCUGGCAAGAUCCUUGGAUACGUCUUUUAGAUUACCGGAGCUCUCCCAGACUACCACUCCAUGCUUGCACAUUCGACAUCCCGUAAAAGGUUCUCCCCAACCAGCAAGUUGACUGUUGUGUAAUAUUGCCCAAAGCAAUGACUUGAAACUAUUUACGCACAGCGACCCAUUUUAUCUGCCGCCAGUUCAUCAGGAUGGCGAUAAGAUCAGCUUUGAGAGAUACAUCAAUAGUGAAGACCAUCAACUGAGUUAACCCACAAACGUGCAAUGAGCCUCAAUGUCAUCUCAAUUCAUG